AUGCCUAGCCAAUCAAUAUCCAAUCAGGUAGCAGAUAAAUAUAAACAUUUAGCCCUAGCAGAUCCCUCGUUCACAGUACCAAGUAAGGUUGAUUUGCUACUCGGUGCGGAUAUAUUUGCGCGUAUCCUGAAUGGAAAACGUGUGUCGGUAGGUGACUCGUACCCUGUGGCAUUCGGUUCAAUAUUUGGUUGGAUAAUUAUCGGCCCCGUCCCUACUCCAAAUAGUUAUGUUUCCGUUUCACAUCACAUCUCUUUGGUUUCCUCAAUCGAAUCCUUAAUGGAUAAGUUCUGGCAAGUUGAGGAACCAGAAGCAGCUCCUGAGACUUUCACUAGUGACGGACGAUGUGAAGAGAUGUUCCGUGAUAAAUGUUCACGUGACGAUUCCGGACGUUUCGUCGUCCCCUUGUUGUUUCGCCAAGCAGUCGCGGAAAGUACCUUCAUUGGCUCGCGUGCUGUCGCGGUCAAACGUUUUGAGUCUCUUGAGCGAAAGCUCGCAUCAGACAGCCGACUUCGCGAGGCGUAUUGUAAAUUUAUGGCUGAAUACUUGUCUUUAGGACACAUGUCCCCAGCUUCGUCCACAGGUUCCUAUUUUAUACCACACCAUGCUGUGUUCAAGUCUUCCGACCCGCCAGAUAAAAUUCGUGUCGUAUUUGAUGCGUCCGCCCAAUCGUUUUCUAGUCCGUCAUUGAACCAAUGUUUAUUCACGGGUCCGAAACUACAGCAGGACAUUAUUGAUGUACUAAUGAGGUUCCGUUUACCGCGUCAUGCAUUCACCGUGGACAUUAAUAAAAUGUACCGACAGAUCUUGUUAGUUCCCGAACAUCGUUGUUAUCAACAUAUCCUAUGGCGUGCAUCCCCGCAGGACGAACUUAAAGCAUACGAACUCAAUACUGUAACAUAUGGGGUAAAUUGUGCCCCGUUCUUGGCUAUACGGGUGCUUCGAAAAAUUGCCGAGUCCGAUUGUGCGGAUGUUCUAGCUGUCCGUGACGCUUUAAUGUUAAACACUUACGUCAAUGACAUCUGCUUGGGGGGAGACACGGUGGAAGAAGUACUCGCUCUCCAAACCGAUUUGAUUAAUGUUUUGCAAAGGGCAGGAAUGAGCUUGAAAAAAUGGUCAAGCAAUACUGCCGCGGUUUUAGAGAGGGUACUGCCUGAAGAUAGGGCCGGCGGGAUGUUGUCUUUUGACGAUGACACUUGGAGCGGUACCAAGGUACUAGGGCUCCAGUGGUCACAACGUGAUGAUACAUUUUUAUAUAUUGUUCAACCUGAACGUUUAGUCUCAACUAAGAGGGGUAUGCUGUCUCUAAUUGCCCGCAUAUUCGACACGCUUGGUCUAUUAGCUCCCGUAAUAUUUUUCGCAAAACAAUUAAUGCAACGCGUAUGGCAACUUGGUAUGUCAUGGGAUGAUCCGUUGCCCCCGGAAAUAGUUGUCGUGUGGAAGAAGUUCGUUGCGGAUCUCCCCGUGUUACAACAAGUCACUGUUCCCCGUUUUAUCGGUACUCAGCUCGGCGUACAAGGUGUCCUAUGCGGAUUCUGUGACGCGUCCGAGAAGGGUUAUUCUGCGGUCGUUUAUUUAAGGUUAUCUAACCAAUCCGGACCACCAGUAAUUUCAUUGUUAGGUGCUAAAACCAAAACAGCUCCCCUCAAGGCGUCGACGAUUCCACGUUUGGAGCUCUGUGCGGCGGUCUUACUUGCUCGGUGGAUGGUUCGAAUUAAGACCGCGUUGCACAACAAAGUCCAAAUAGUAGACCUAUACGCAUGGUCAGACUCGACGACGGUACUUAGUUGGCUGAAAGUACCACAUGAAAAAUUUAAAGUUUUUGUUUCAAACCGCAUACACAAGGUGACAACGUUACUACCCGACUGCCAUUGGGAUUAUAUAUCGUCGCUUAAUAAUCCGGCAGAUUGCGCGUCGAGAGGUAUUUUCCCUACAGACUUAAUCCAUCAUAAGUUAUAUUGGUAUGGGCCUGAAAUUCUGUAUCGUGAUGUGCUCGAUGGGCCGGCGUUAAGUCAGAACAUCGAUACCGAAAAUUUACCGGAAUUAAAAGCCGUGUCGCCAUCGACGUUAGUGACCAAGACAAGUGAUCCUCCCGAACCGGAAUGGUUCUCACGUUUUUCCUCGUACUUCCACAUGAUACGUGUUGUGGCUUAUGUGUACCGUUUUAUUCGACUUUGUAAGCGUCGUCAAACAGAUUUAGUCCCUUUUUUAACCCGCGCCGAAUUGGACCACGCCACCGUGGCCAUUGCUAAAUGCUCACAGCGCGUUACGUUAGGUAAGCCACUUCACGACCUGUUACACAACCGUCCGAUUAGCGCUGGGCCAGUAGCUCGUCUCCGCCCGUUCAUCGAUCAACGCGGUCUCAUUUGUGUUGGUGGCCGCCUGUCAAACGCAGAUGUACCGGAGACACAAAAACACCCAAUCUUACUAGGCAAGACGUCGCAUUUAUCAAUUUUGUUGAUACGUCACUGGCACGAAGUAACCGGUCACGGCGGACCGAGAAUAUUAACAUCUCUUAUUAACCAGUCCUACUGGAUUCUAUCACUUAAUACGCUUAUUAGGUCAGUCCUCUGUAAAUGUGUUACUUGUGUCCACCUAGCGUCUGUUAACCCGCAACCCGUCAUGUCUGACUUACCUACGUCUCGGGUGUCUGAAUGUCAUCCAUUUUCGCGUGUCGGAAUCGACUUCGCUGGUCCUAUUGUGAUGACUGAACACCGUUUACGUAAGGCCCGUCAGUUUAAGGUAUACAUUGCCGUAUUCGUAUGUUUCGCGGUAAAGGCUGUACACCUGGAAUAUGUGUCUGAUUUAUCGACGGAUGCGUUCUUAGCAUCGUUACAACGGUUCGUCGCGGGUCGAGGACUUCCUACGGACAUUUACACUGAUUGCGGUACCAACUUUGUCGGGGCAUCUAAUCAGUUACGCAAGCUUGUCAAUAAUCCCGAAUGUAAGGACCAUCUGAUUUCCCGUUUCCAAUGCACUUGGCAUUUCAAUCCUCUUGGUGCACCCCAUUUCGGAGGCUUAUGGGAGGCGGCUGUGCGUUCAGCAAAACGCUUAAUGACACGCAUUAUGGGAGAACAUACCUUCUCCGUUGAGGAACUGAGCACGAUGUUGUGCCGCAUAGAGGCUAUUUUAAACUCUCGCCCUUUGGUUCAACUUUCAUCCGACCCGACAGAAUACGAUUGUCUUACCCCGGGGCAUUUUUUGAUAGGCCGCCCGCUACUCUCGCUCCCUGAAUUGAGUCUAGCUGAUACGACGAUCCCUUUAGCUCAACGCUGGAAGUUGGUAAACCAAUGCGCACAGUCUUUCUGGCAUUCCUGGCGCAAUGAAUAUUUAAAUACUCUCCAGAUGCGGAAUCGUUGGACGACUGAUGUGCCCAACAUUUCUGUUAACGAUAUGGUAAUUAUUAAAGAACUUAACGUUCCUCCGUUACGAUGGCAUAUGGCGCGAGUCCAAGAGGUGUUCCCCGGAGCGGAUGGAGUAGUGCGUGUAGUUCGUUUGCGCACCGCAACGGGAACUAUAAAGCGCCCAGUCGUUAAAAUUGUAAAAUUACCGAGCGCCUAAAAUCUAUACCCAUCUUAGUAUAAUAUUCUGCAAUACGCCCUGCCUUAUCUACUUAUUUGAUUAUUACUAUCGUCAUGUGUAAAUCUGCUUGCACCAUGAAUUUACUGCGGGAUGUACGGGGAUGGCAACUAGUGUAAGAGGCGUACGGAGGUUUAUAUUGUCAUAAGUCAGUAACUAUUUUAGUAUUGCAAUGUUUUUAAAAAAAAAAAAAAAAAAUUCUUUAUGUUGUUAUUUAUUUAUUCAUGAAUUUAUUAUAAAUCAUGACAUGUGUAUUUAUAUCUAUUGCAAAUUGUACAACUAUAUUUGUGUAUUAUUA